GGCACUUGAGGGAAUUGGGUGUAUCGAAAAAGGUACUGCAGAGAAAGUAGGCUUAUUCUUUUGUUGUUGGAUAGAACCCCGGGAUAAAAAGCUAUGGGAAAGCGAAAGGCAGCACAUAGCCCCCUCCAGGAUAAAAUAGAACGCAAAACCAAGAGAAUACGAAGAGAAAUACGUCCUCAGAACGAAACAGAGACUGGAGCACAGAGCAAGCUUAUGUCUGUCACACAACUUGUUCACAAAGUACAGCAAACGUUUGCUAAAAAUGCAAACCAGAAAAAUGCAGUUAUGAGGAAGAAGUACAUGAGAAACCAGUUCGAGUUCUUUGGUCUUAAAUCGCCCCUUAGAAGGUCAGUAAGCAAGGAGUUUCUUAAGGUUCGUUUUAGUGUUGGAGAAAUGAGACAACUCUUGGAAAAACUGUGGCUGUUACCAGAGCGUGAUAUGCAGCUGUUUGGAAUAGACUACCUUGAUAAACACAUUAAAAGCUUUGGGGACCCUGUAGAAGAGCUUGAUUCUAAUCUUGAGUGCUUAGAGUAUCUGAUUGUCAAUAAAUCCUGGUGGGAUACAGUGGAUUUGAUAGCAAGUCAUUUUGUAGGGUAUAUGGUGAGGACCCAUCCAGACAAAGGAAAACCUUUGAUGGAAAGAUGGAUCGAGGAUGACAACAUGUGGCUAAGACGUACAGCACUUUUACAUCAGCUUUCCUAUAAGGACCAAACAGAUGAAAAACAGCUUUACAGAUUUUGCCUUUCAAGAGCACACGAAAAAGAGUUUUUCAUUCAGAAAGCCAUGGGCUGGGCUUUGAGGCAGUAUGCUAUGACCAAGCCCUCUAGCGUAAAGACAUUUUUGCACAAAAAUAAGACUAUACUUAGUAAACUAACUUACAGAGAAGCUGCAAAGCACCUAGGUGUCUGACAAGUUAACUACAUGUAAAUGGGAUAAAUCCAACAUUGAGAUAUUUUUUUAUAAUUCAAAAAUAACAUCACAUUCUGGGCCCCUCUCCACGAUAAAGGUCUACUCUAAGGAUCUAGGAUUUUGAACCCUACAUUCAGGGAUCAACCCCUCCACCCUUGACCCAUCUUUUCAUUUUUCUUUAUUUUAUUUUUUUGCAUCAGGAGCUUUCUACUUCAGUGAAGCCAUUUUAAGAGUUAAAACUACUAUUUGACGAAUCAAUAAAAUAAAGAUUAACAAAUGCAA